AUGCCACUUGGCGAAACACUGGGAGAACUAGACGGUACUGAGGAUGCACUCGUAGUUGGUGAUGAUGAUGGUACAGCUGAUGGCCCCCCACUAGGGCUUUCUGAUGGACUCUGUGACGGGGUCGCAGAUGUCGAAGUUGUAGGGCUUGCACUACCUGUUGGCGAGGGUUGUUGCGAAGGGGAACGUGAUGGUACGCCACUUGGUGAAACACUGGGAGAACUAGAAGGCACAGCGGAUGCACUUGUAGUGGGUGAUGAGGAUGGUACAGCAGAUGGCCCUCCACUGGGGUUUUCUGAUGGACUCUGCGAUGGGGUAGCAGAUGUCGAAGUUGUAGGGCUUGCGCUACCUGUUGGUGAGGGUUGUUGCGAAGGGGAACGUGAUGGUACGCCACUUGAUGAAACACUGGGAGAACUAGAAGGCACAGCAGAUGCACUUGUAGUGGGUGAUGAGGAUGGUACUGCAGAUGGCCCUCCACUGGGGUUUUCUGAUGGACUCUGCGAUGGGGUAGCAGAUGUCGAAGAUGUAGGGAUUGCACUACCUGUUGGUGAGGGUUGUUGCGAAGGGGAACUUGAUGGUACGCCACUUGGCGAAAUACUCGGAGAACUAGAAGGCACAGCGGAUGCACUUGUAGUGGGUGAUGAGGAUGGUACAGCUGAUGGCCCCCCACUAGGGCUUCUGAUGGACUCUGCGAUGGGGUAG